AUGUCAAAGGUUAUUGAGACGAUGAUGAUGAUUCGAGCUAAACUGCAUCAACUGGCAGGAGGACUACGACGGGUCUGGUCCAGAAUAUGUGGUCUCUACACGACCAACACCACAAAAAGCUGGAAGGAAAAACUUCUCCUCCUGUUGACCUGUUUUAGCACCAGCCUUAUUCUGAGCACCUUCUUCUUCCUCAUCCUCCACUUUUCCUUCAGAUGUGUUCAGGAGGUCUCGCUUCCCUUCACUUGUAUUUUUUGUAUAAGCUUAACACCAGCGAUGUAUUUCUCAGAAAGAAUCCGCUGUUUCGGAGCCUUGGUUUUGAUCUUGAUGGGUAUGAAACAAGCGAAGAGCCUUCUUCUCACUUUAGGAACCAGUUCGGUGAUUUUCUUCAACAUCCAGAACACGUUACGGAACGUGAGACUGCUUGCAAAAGGCCUCCUCUGCAACUUGGAGGAAAAGUUAUUGGAUAUUAAUACAGAACCCCUCGGGAAUUAUAUUAAAAUGCUAAAGUGGGUGGGAAAGCAACUUAAAAAUUACUUUAUAAACUUUCAGUUAGGGAGUUACCAUGCAGAUUUUACGCUAGAAGCAAAGGUGGACUCGGAGGACUUCAAAAUUCAUAUAACCAAGGCCGAACAGGCUUUAAAUCAGACCGCGCAAAAUGUGUUAGCACUGACUAACGCUUUGUCUUCAAUAGGAAAGCUAUUGUCUCCAACAUUAGGUCUUUUAUUUCUUGUACUUCUCACUGCUCUAUACCUGAGAAGAUUCCACGUGGACAAAAAGUACAACAAUAUAUACAUCACCAAAACUUUCCGUUGUUUUGACGAGCGGCAAAGGGAAAAGGGAAACCCGUAUGUCCUUCCGCUCACCAAAAGCGAAUCGCAACGUUAUAUAGUGACUCCGUCCAUUCGUCCGACGGGUCGGCGGUGGAAAGCCAUGCUGAAGUUCAGUCUUCCCAUAUUCACUCACUGUCUCACCUGGCUGGUGUUUAUCAGUCUAGACGCCCUGGUUUACUGGCUUAUUGUAGUUCUGAGCAGGCGGCUUGGGGAACUGGAGCCACUUCGUGUUCCUGUGGGAAUAAAAGUUCAGGAGGCCACAUUAUUUCUAGGUUUACCUGUUGAUGAAAAUGCAAAAGAGGCAAACUUUUCCUACACGGUGUCUCUGUUUGAGAAGAAGUGUUUGCCUGAACCGGAACUGUGGCUCUAUCAGUCUCUGGUUCCUCUGACUGUGGUCCUGGCCUUGCUGCUUGUUCUAAUUCUGCUGUCAUCACAGAUGGUUCAGCUCAGGGUUUUGCUAUCCGAGCAGUUUUUCUCAGAUGUUGCAGAGAAAAGAGCUGCAACAUAUAAAGACUUGUUUUAG